GACAUCAAACAUUGGCAAACUAACACACAACGUCCAAACACCGUGUGUUUAUGGAUAUGCAAAUGCUCAUUUCUGUCUUUUUUGCCCCAACCUUUUAUCCCUCCAGCGAGGUAGGCGGGAACAGGGCUUAUGCGUCUGCGUGCCGGGUUUAGAUCACGAAGGAAAUCAAUGAACAAGUGGUGGAAUGCUUACGAAAGGAAUAACGAGCAAGGAAACAGGCCACACCCCUCCCGCCAAAAGAGGUCCUUUUACUGCUGCGCUAUUCCAAAGGCUCAGAAUAAGGUUAUUCUCUCCCUUUGAGCUUUAUAACCACAGUUACAUUUGGGGAUCUAAGCGGGCAUGAAUACCUGAACCGAAUAAGAAAGGCAGUCUCCUCACUAAGCGUUGGAGACACCGGCUGAAAGGCAUAUAUAUACAUGCAUACAUACAUACAAACAUACAUGCAUGUAGCCACGAAUUUCUAUCCAUUUUAAAACAAUACACACGACACGUAAACAUUUCCUAAAGACAUGCAGGAGCCGUCUUUAGGCCGUUCUCCACUAGCGGGUGGGAGGAGCAACUGUAGACAGGCGAGUGCUUCCGCGUGACCCGUCAGGCUCCACCCUGCGGCGCCUGGCUUCCCCGUGCGCAGUGCGCAGCGCAGUCCCGGUUCGGUAAGGCCGCUGGCUGGUCUCGGCUUCGCUCGGUUUAGUUUUCGGCUCUGACAUGGUCGGCGCGCGUGAAGGGAACGGCCACGCAGCUCUCGCUCACGUUCCGUCGCCAUUACGUAGUCGAGGUGGUGUGUGCUGUCCUCGCGCGCGCAGGCGCUUCAUUUAGUCAAUAUUUCCAAAUUUGUUGACCGACGGCUCUCGCUGAAGGCCACGCGCCUUGCCUUAACUGGAGCUCGCGGACACACGGAGGAUCACCGACGAUGUUCGAGACCCGAGGCAUUCCCUUCGUUCUGCUCGACGUUGCCUGUCUUGUACUCGCUGGACUCCCAUUCGCUAUACUCACAAUUCAACAUCGACCGUUCAAACGAGGAUUUUUCUGUAGUGACGAUUCGCUCAAGUACCCUCUUAAGGAAGACACCAUAUCCUAUCAGUUAUUAUGCGGCGUAAUGAUACCACUUGCGCUGCUUACUAUGGUCACUGGCGAGUGCCUUUUAAUUUAUCUAAACCGCCUGAAAUCAAAGUCCAUUUUUAACAACAGCUAUGUCGCCUGCGUCUACAAAGCAGUCGGCACCUUCCUGUUUGGUGCUGCUAUGAGCCAAUCCCUCACAGACAUCGGAAAGUACUCCAUUGGACGGCUGCGACCACACUUCCUGGAUGUGUGCAAACCCGACUGGAAGCUGAUCAACUGCUCAAUGGGCGCAUACAUUGAGAACUUCACCUGCACUGGGGACAAGACCAUGGUGAACGAAGGCAGGUUGUCUUUCUACUCUGGACACUCCUCCUUCUCUAUGUACUGCAUGCUGUUCCUGGCGCUGUAUCUCCAAGCGCGAAUGCAAGCAGAAUGGGCCAGGCUCCUGCGUCCCACAAUCCAGUUCUUCCUCAUCGCUGCCUCUGUGUACACGGGACUUUCUCGCGUGUCCGAUUACAAACACCACUGGAGUGACGUUCUCACUGGCCUCCUACAGGGGGCGCUCAUGGCCAUACUGGUGGUGUUCUUCGUAUCCGACUUCUUCAAAAAGCCACCAAUCCCGCACGCCACAUUACAGGAGACACCAACCAACGGCAAUCAUUAUGACAGCCCCAACUGAAGCUACCGGGAACCUUUGUGCAGUGUCCCACUGACCCAGUGGGGCUGGGUUUCGGGGCGAACCACUGCAGUGGAGAUCUGUGAAUGUAACGCCUGCUUUCUCCUGCUCUGCUGAGCUGCUUGCUCACCUCUUUUAGAACUUAAUUCUCCCAUCAUGCCUUGGCUGACCUGCUGCUACAACUGCUUCCUGUGUAUAACCUCGAUGCUAACAGAGACAUAUACAGAUGCCUCAAAAGAACCAAUACUACUUCGCUCCCACCACAGAAAACACAAACCUUAAAAAAAUUGGGGCAAGAAUAAUCACUAUAUGGACCUUUCUUUUUAAUUAAAAUUAUGUUAAAACUGUAUGUACAAAAAAAAAACCUGUUUCUGAAAGACAAAAGAACAUUAUUCUUAAAUUGAACACAAAUAAAACAAGUUUUAUGUUA